ACGACUCACUUCCCGAACCAGAGGGACGAAGUCUAAACCCAACGCCGCAGUGUCUUUUCUCCGCCAUGGCUGCCGUUGUACUGCCUUCGCCCACCCAAUCCCCCUCUAUUAACCUAAAAACCAAGAUUUCAGCUCUUCAGCCCACCAAAACAUUCGCAAUUCCUAAUUGCACAUCAUCCGCUGCUGGGCUUUGGUUGAAGAGGAGUUCUACUAUAGCGCCUUUGGCCUUUUCGCGAAAUUCUUCCGCGUUAGCAGUCGAGGAAUCCACAGACACAGCUAAGAGAGGAAGGAAUUCCAUCGUUGUUAUCGACAAUUAUGAUAGCUUCACUUACAACUUGUGCCAAUAUAUGGGAGAGUUGGGAUGCGACUUUGAGGUUUAUAGGAAUGAUGAUCUCACGGUGGAUGAAUUGAAGAAGAAAAAUCCAAGGGGAAUUGUCAUAUCACCAGGCCCUGGAGCUCCCAAAGAUUCAGGAAUAUCAUUACAAACUGUACUGGAAUUGGGACCUAUAAUUCCAUUAUUUGGUGUUUGCAUGGGGCUGCAGUGCAUAGGAGAGGCUUUUGGAGGAAAUGUAGUGCGUUCUCCCUAUGGGGUGAUGCAUGGGAAAAGUUCCCCUGUGUAUUACAAUGAGGGUGAAGAAGAUGGCUUGUUUACGGGGUUGCCAAACCCAUUCACUGCAGGUAGAUAUCAUAGCCUCGUGAUUGAUAAGGAUAGUUUCCCCAAAGAUGAACUUGAGAUAACAGCAUGGACAGAAGAUGGGCUGGUGAUGGCUGCUCGUCACAAAGUGUAUCGGCAUCUUCUGGGGGUGCAAUUCCAUCCUGAAAGCAUCAUAACCAAGGAAGGGAAAACCAUAGUUCAGAAUUUCAUCAGAUUAGUUGAGAAGAAGGAAGCUGAAUCUCAGCAAUAGAAUGCCGUGACAUGGUAGGUGCCAUUGCGGUCACACAGUCCAACAAAAUCUUAACUUUCACACGUAUUGCUGAGCGGUAUCAUUUGUUACGGACUAUUAUUACUACUUUAAUUUAUAAAUAUAAAAGUAAACUUGAUGCUACAUUUGAUUGAAUAGUUGAAAUGAAUGUCAUAUCAAUAUACUCCCUCUGUCUACCAUAGAUCUUCCCAGACACUAUUCAAUUCACAGGGUCAAACUUUACUCACUUUGUUUGCUUAUUUUUACUAGUCAUUUCAUAAAAUAAUAUAGUCUUGUCACCUCU